GUUAACCUAACUACUGGCGCGACCGGGCGAACAAUUGCGUCCGUAGCAACACGGCUUGCACAGCACUGCAUUAUGCAUUAAGCGGAUCGGCGCGACGUUUCUAUAAACAUAAACCCGGUCGUGAAGUGAGUGGAGUGUUGGAUUGUAGGUCUACCGAAAAGGAUUUCCCACGUCAUUUGGAGUGAACAUAUCUAAAUGUCAACACGUUUUGGGAGUUUCAGAAUCCUGAUUUCCCUCGAUUUGGAAGAAAUAACUGUAGUCGCUAGUUUGUCUCAACCUUUUGAAGUUUCCGCAGUACAAGCUCUGUGACAGGAAAUUCCUGUGACACACCUGUUGAUCCUACGCGUUUACACCUGACACCCCAAUCAUUUAGUACUCUAGAUACAGUACGAGCGAUCUAUAACCAGACACCAUGCAGGACUACUACGGUCAAACCAUGACGGCAAGCUACUUCUCUGCCCCCAGAGUGGGCAUGGGAACGAGCUACUUGCCCCCACUAGAAAGCACCAUGCAGGCCUCCUACAAGAGCUACGCACCUCCAUUUGUUGUCAGCCAAUCUCUCAAUCUACCGUGGAAGCCUAGCACUUACCAACGCGGUGCUAUGAGGUCCAUGCCGACCAGUCUCAGCGCUCCGGAGCUCAACCCCAGCACCCUGUACCGAGACGAUGUGGUCUCCAAAGUCCCUCCUCUCAUGCCCUCAGCCCGUACCGCCCUGUUCUCCAAGUAUACCCCGACAGAUUGGUUCAAGUCCAACAACCAGAACUACCGCUCCUCUGACAUGACGCGCAGCGCAGCCCAACGCCUGCGGGACGAGAACGUGCGCAUCUGCCACGACACCGACGCGCGCACCGUCAAGACCCAACAGGAAUCCAGCAAGAAUCUUGGCAAUCGGCUCCAGGACAUCAACUUCUGGAAGUCCGAGAUCAACCACGAGCUGGACGAGAUGGGGAAGGAGAUCAACGACCUGGUGGCCUGGAAGCUGCGGACGGAGAACGCCUUGAAGGAGACUGAGGGACCGCUACAGAUCGCCCAGGAGUGCCUCUUCAACAGGGAGAAGCGACAGGGCAUUGAUCUGGUCAAUGAUAAUGUCGAAAAGCAAUUGAUAAAGGAAGUAAAUACUAUCCGUGAGAGCCAAAACAAGCUGAGAAAAGCGAUUGACCGCGCAAACACACAUAUAAGCAUGAGUCGCGCCGCCCAGCACGAAUUGGAGAAGGAUCUCACAGACAAGUUCCGCGCUCUGACCAUCGACAACAAGUGUCACCAGCUGGGCAACACCUCCCACGGUCUGGCAUACUACCGCGGGAUUGAGGGCGUGGAUCAGUGUGUCUCAAUUCCCGAAUCCUGGGCCAAGUUCUCCAACGACAACAUCCUGCGGUCCCAGCGGGAGCGCAACUCCUCCAAGGGUCUCCGUGGCGAUAUCGACAGCACAUUACAGGAGACGUCCAACGACAUGUGGACGCAGAACAACGGUGUCAACGUGGCUUUCUCCGGGCGCAUUGCUGAGACUAUGGACGCACGCAACAGCCUGCAGUCCCACCUGGCCAGGGUUCUUCAAGAGAUUAACGAGAUGGAGAACAACAUCGACGUCCUACGCAAGGCGAUUGCCGACAAGACCGCGCCGAUGCAGGUGGCUCAGAGCAGACUGGAGAGCAGAACACGCCGCCCCAAUGUGGAGCUGUGCCGUGACCAGCCACAACACAGGCUUUUCCGCGAAGUUGGUGAGAUCUACGAGACGGUUGACGUUCUACAGAACCGCCUCCGCGCGGCAGAGUCCGCCCUUCAAGAGCUCUGCAACACCAAGACCACCCUAGAACACGACCUGGGUGUCAAGAACAACAGCUUGUACAUCGACAAGGAGAAGUGCAUGGGUACCAGGAGGACAUACCCAACCACUGCUAAGCUGGCCGGGUACCGGGGACAACCAUGAAAACUGCGCAUGAUCGCACAACAUCCCGCGCAUGCGCGUGCGGAGUAAUCUGACAGAUUUGCAUACAUGUUGCAUAAAUUUGCAUGCUUUUUUGUGGUGCGUCCAUUCAAAUUUGAUCGAAUGUGGCAGCUUUAAUUAAAAUUCCAAAUGAUGUAAAUUGUUGCACUCACAAGUACUUUUUUGGUUUGUAGGCACAUGGUCUGAGACAAAAGUCUGAGAAACAGCUUAGGCACCACAUGUUGCAAUUAUUUUUGGACAUGUAAUCAUUACAAGUAUUUGUAAAGGGUAUAUACAUGUAAUAGUCAUAUUUCUGUUGCCUUUAUCAAUGAAUUCCGUCCAGAAAUAAAGAAACUUCACAAGUAUAUCCUUGCCUGAUUGUUCACAUUUUAAUUAAAACAAAGAAACUAUUUUAGUAAGAAAGAAUAUCUAGAGAAUAGGCAUUAGUAACACUUAAUGAGCAUUGAUAUGUCAGUUCAAAACAUAUGCAAAUGCGACUUAGUUCCUGAAUAUUAAUAGGGUAGACCUACAUCAUGAAGGUAAAAUUUGAAAUGUACUAAUUUGUUCUCUAAUAACACCCACCGUAUAUAUUUCGAAAAUAUUUUUUGUCAGAUAUUGCAACAGCCGUCUGUUAACAUCUGUGUUACGCAAAUUCCUAAUUUCAAGUUGUAGACGACUGUUAGAAAUAUCAAAAAACUGUCAGCUGUGCAUAAUCAAGUGUGCUUUAACAAAACCAUGAAAAUAUUUCAAGUAAAAAAACUUAAUUUGUAAAGUAUGUCCGAUAACAAGUAUUAAAAGAAACGAUAUGGCGUUUCAGGCAAGACCAAUUACGACUGCCAAUCUUUCAAGGACAAAAACAUUAAGCAAUGCCAAAUAAAAAAAGUUAAGUAAAUCAUUUGUUUGAUUUUUUUUGUUUCAUAUUUUUUAAAUCUGAGCACGAAGGAUGCUUCUGUAUAUAAUUGGGAAAGUUGAUUUCAAGAGGCUUUGAAAAUUGUAUAAUUUCUGUUUGGCAAAAAUAUUACCAGUGAAUAAUUGUAAAUAACGGCUUUUUCUCUUUUUUUCCCACACUUGCAAUAACUAUGCAUGAAACAAAAUUAACGUAACGUGUGUGAAUUGGUGUGUAUCCUUGUAACAAAUUCGGCGGUUUGAUAUUUUUCUUUACAACUGAAAAGUUUAUUUAUACACCUAUUUUUUUUUGGAAUUUAAGGGUAUAUAGGACUACGCUAUUUUUUAGAUUAAAAUUCACAGUUUUAUUCAGUCUUAAGGAAAAAUAUCAAAAUACCGUUUUUGUCUGUUUUACUGCAUGGAUGUGUUUUUAAGCAAAUAACUGAACAUUAUACAAGCGGCUGUGCAAAAAUAAAAAAAAGUGUAAAAAAUAAAGUUUGUUCAAAAAGUG